AUGGCUCCCGUCAAGGAAUUUGGCCUCCUCUGCCUGGAGAACCCUCUGCUUGAACGCGGCGUCUCAGAUAUCCAAGCCGUCGGUGACGAGGCGCUGCUCAAAAAGUACGACCUCAAGGCCAAUGACGCCAUCCUUGCCGAGGAAAAGCACAUCCCCCUCUACGAGGAUCUCCUCAACAACUACGACGCCAAGCUCAUCGCCGGCGGCGCCGCCCAGAACUCGGCUCGUGGUGCCCAGUACAUGCUCCCCCCAAACAGCGUCGUCUACCUCGGCGGUGCUGGCGAUGACAAGUACUCGGCCAUUCUCCACGAUGCCGUCAAGGCCGCCGGCUUGCGGGUCGAGUAUCGCGUAGACCCCAAGGAGAAGACGGGCCGAUGCGGCGCCAUCAUCACCGGCCACAACCGCAGCCUGUGCACCGAUCUCGGCGCUGCGAACCACUAUGAUCUCGACCACCUGAAGAAGCCCGAGAUCUGGAAGCUGGUGGAGAACGCCGAUGUUUUCUACAUCGGUGGCUUCCACUUCACCGUGUGCCCUCCUGCCAUCAUGGAGCUCGCCAAGCAGGCUGCCCAGCACAACAAGGCCUUCGUCCUCUCCCUUUCCGCCCCCUUCAUCCUCCAGUUCUUCAAGGAGUUCGUCGAUGCCAGCGCUCCCUACUGGGACUACAUCAUCGGAAAUGAGACCGAGGCCGCCGCAUACGCUGAAUCCCACGGCCUUGAUUCCAAGAAGCCACAGGACGUCGUUGUUCACCUCGCCAACCUCCCCAAGGAAAAUUCCAAGCGCAAGCGCGUUGCCAUCGUCACCCAGGGCACGGAACCUACCCUGGUUGCCAUCCAGGGUGAGAAGACCGUCAAGGAGUUCCCUGUUCAUGCCAUAGACCCCAAGAUGAUCAACGACACGAACGGCGCUGGCGACGCUUUCGCUGGCGGCCUGUUGGCUGGCAUCUUGGAGGGAAAGCCGCUCGAGACCUGCAUCGACAUGGGCCAGUGGCUUGCCAGGCUGAGCAUUCAGGAACUUGGGCCAUCGUACCCCUUCCCCAAGCAAGCUUACCAGGCUGCCGCCUAA